UGCAGCCAUCUAGGCAAGUAAGGCAACUCACACCAGACGGUUGCGAGUCAUAGUGUCCCGCGAUUAUACCCUCCUGCCAAGAUCACUGUAGCGGCGACGUUAUCACAUAUCCCCCAUCAGGCCCCACGCGGAGCCUCGACAGCAGAAAACGUACAUAUACUUCCUUAGUGCCGUCGGGCAUGCUAUCUUCGUCUUUGAACCCUUGCCCGUUUUGAGUUCUGAGUGAUAUUGCAAGCAUCCAAGAUGGGCCAAUUGACAUCGACAUCCAGAGUCACGACCGAUGAGCCGAACCAAGAAAGCAUCAGAACUCUCUAUGACGAACUCCGAAAAGGGAAGCUCCAAGUCCCAAAUCCUCCUGGUAAUAACAUCCUCUUCAUCCCAGCCAGUGUAUUUGACGAGAAAAUUACGGCCGAACGCGUCCUGGCCAUCGCGGGACCGUCAUCCAAGCUAUGCGAUUCCUACCGGGCGGAACUUAUUGUUAAGCGGGCAAAAAGGACCAUUGCCAUCCUCGUUCUCAGUGGUUGUGAGAAGAUCGUCUACGACCUGUUGAUCCGCGACGGCAUGGUCGAUUCUGAUCUCCCGUUGUCCCCUUCGAGCCCUGAUGGCACCAUUUUACGCUCGGCGGGACCUCAGAAACAAAGGAUAUUCACAUCAUUCGAGAAGCUGUCCCCACGCGAGGUCGAUGGUUUUUGCCGGGACCAGUGGCUUGCUCUAGCACCAAAGUUCGGUGACAUCAAAGAUCACAAGGAGCUCGAUUCGAACUACCCGUUGCCAUUUUGCGACAAGGAAAUCAUGGCGUCCACCAUGUUCAGCACCGUAUUUCGGGCGACGCUGCAUCCCGCACACCAUGCCGAAACAGCCGAGAAGGAUGGAAUACAAGUCGCCGUCAAGGAGCUCAAGGACGAGAACCAAUUCAAGCAAGAAAGAAGCAAUCUGACGAUAACCGCAAGCCUGAACAACUCCCAUAUCAUCAAGCACAUUGCCACCUACGAGGUUAAAAACACAAACGGCACCACCACAUACUCCAUAAUCUUCCCCCUGGCAAGCGGCGGCAACCUCCAAACAUUCUGGGACACCGAGGAGCCACGGACCCCCGAGCUCAGACAGUGGUCGCUCGAGCAGAUCCUCGGCCUCGCUACGGCCAUCCGCGAUCUCCACAUGGGCUUCCAAGGCGAGAAGCACUGCCGCCACGGCGACCUCAAGCCGCUCAACCUCCUCCACUUCAAGGACCCGUCUUCAAAGGGCCUCGGCCGUCUCGUCCUCGGAGACCUCGGCAUCUCCAAGAUCCACGAGCAGGUGACAGCAGACCGCAAGUGCGCAACGCAAACCCGCGCCACCACGCCGCACUACGAGCCGCCCGAGGCGCGCGGGAUCCGCAACGACAAUGACAGCAGCAGCAACGACAACGACAAGGACAAAAACGGCAGCGCGGCGGCAGGCCAAGACCAAGGCAAACCCUGGUCGCGCAAAUACGACAUGUGGUCGCUGGGCUGCAUCUUCCUGGAGUUUGCCGUCUGGCUGUUCAGCGACGUUGGCACGCUGGACAAGUUCAGGAAGCGCCGCGGAUCGGGGACCUUUUACAAGGUCCUGCCUGCCGAGGCGGACGGCGGUGAGGAGCAGGUCGUGGUCUGCCCCGUGGCGCAGGGCGUUCUUGAGCAGCUGCGGGCGGGCUUUCGUGGAGACAAGGACGACGCUGCGGCUGCGCCCGGGCCGUGGGAGAGGUUUGUGGAUCUUAUUGAGGGGGAGCUGUUGAUUCCGGAGGCUGAGCGUCGCUGUGGUGCGGAUAGGCUUGUUGCUGAGCUGGAGCGGAUCGUUGAGGAUGCGAGGCGGGAUCCUAUGGGGGAGUUUUAGGGGGUGUUUGACUCUCUCGCACGUAUCCCUUCUGCUACUCCUUCUACCGCUCCUUCUGCGGGGCAUUAGGGGUAGCUAGAGAGGACUCAAAGGCGAGUGAGUGACUGUACUAUUAGUGUUCAAAGGUAGGGGGGAGGCCUAGCAGUAUACGCG